CCUGAGCUUCGUUUACUAAAGCACCCGCGUUGGACCCCAUCACCUGUUGAUCUCACAAUCGCUAACACCGUUCCGCCCGCCAGUGCUCUAAUCGCUUCACUGGGCGCCGCAUACUUCUGCUCGGGAUCGCCAACCACUGCCAACUCCGGAUACCCUCUCAACGGAGUUAUGGUCUCCGGACAGUCGUCCAGUCAUGUGAUGAGUAGUCGAAAGCAACGGGAAUUCAUACCCGAUAAUAAAAAAGAUGAGUCCUAUUGGGACAGAAGGAAAAGGAAUAACGAGGCGGCAAAGAGGUAG